AUGGGUCGUCUUCACAGCAAAGGCAAAGGCAUCAGCGCCUCGGCGAUCCCCUACUCGCGCUCUGUGCCCACCUGGUUCAAAUCCACCCCGGAGACUGUGGUUGACAACAUCUGCAAACUCGCACGGAAGGGUGCGACUCCGUCGCAAAUCGGUGUUGUGCUGAGAGAUAGCCAUGGUGUCGCGCAAGUCAAAGUCGUCACUGGUAACAAGAUUCUGAGAAUCCUGAAGUCGAACGGCCUGGCACCAGAAAUACCCGAGGACCUCUACUUCUUGAUCAAAAAGGCUGUCGCCGUCCGCAAGCACCUUGAGCGCAACCGAAAGGACAAGGACUCCAAAUUUCGACUCAUCUUGAUCGAGUCUAGAAUCCACCGUCUGAGCAGAUACUACAAGACUGUCGGUGUCCUCCAACCAAACUGGAAAUACGAGAGCGCCACGGCAAGCACCAUGGUGGCAUAG